GGGUCCGAGGGGAGAAGGCGGGUGUCGCGCGCCGGUCCUGCCCAGUCCGCAGGAGCCGCGAUCGUCGCCGCAGCGCGCACGGAAGAAAGCUGCGCGAUCAUCUCUGAUUCCUGGCGGAAGGGAAGGCAAAAAAAAGCGUCGCAUCUCCUCCCAAGGAUGAGAGUGUGAUCGCGAGGGAAGUCUUCAUGAGCUCGAGAGGUCACAGCACGUUACCACGAACACUGAUGGCUCCCCGCAUGAUUUCCGAGGGAGAACUAGGCGGCAUCGCCCAGAUCACCUCCUCCCUCUACCUGGGCCGCGGCAGCGUGGCUUCCGACCGGCACCUCCUCCGGGCCAGAGGGAUCACCUGCAUCAUCAACGCCACCGUGGAGAUCCCCAACUUCAACUGGCCGCAGUUCGAGUACGUUAAAGUGCCGCUGGCCGACAUGCCCCACGCGCCCAUCGGGCUGUACUUUGACACGGUGGCCGACAAGAUCCACAGCGUGAGCCGGAAGCACGGGGCCACGCUGGUGCACUGUGCCGCGGGGGUGAGCCGCUCGGCCACGCUCUGCCUCGCGUACCUGAUGAAGUACCACAGCGUGAGCCUGCUCGAGGCCUACAACUGGGUCAAGGCCCGGCGGCCCGUCAUCCGGCCCAACGUGGGCUUCUGGAGGCAGCUGAUAGACUACGAGCGCCAGCUCUCCGGCAAGACCACGGUGAAAAUGGUAGAGACGCCUUAUGGCGUCAUCCCGGAUGUUUACGAGAAAGAAUCUCACCACCUGACGCCUUACUGGGGGAUAUGAGGCCGGCCGCAGAGCCGCGGCGCCCGCCUUCCUUCUCCCGCGACGGCCCGUCACCCGUUUCCCCAACAGUAUUUUUUACACGUGGUGUCGGAGUGUGUUCGGAAACUAGGAGGGCGCGAGAAUGGGAGAGGUGACACCAUAAAAAAACAACAGCAAAAAAAAAAAACAAAACCCCAACCCGUUCCAGCUUUCGGUCACUUUUAAGAAAUCGAAGAGUUUCAGCAAA